UCAUGGAAAUCCUGGGAGGUGCUCCGGAGCGCAUCGUCCACCAGGGAUCCAGCACCCAUGGCAAGGAGCGUGGGAAAAUCCUGAAGGCCAGGCCCUCUAGCCUCAUCACCCGCCAGAGGCUUCACGGGAGCAAGAAGCUCCACUGGUGCUCUGACUGUGGGAGAGGCUUUGGCAUCUUCUCAAACCUGAUCCGCCACCAGAGGACCCACGUGGGGGACAAACCCUACAAAUGCCCUGAUUGUGGGAAAGGCUUUGGCCACAGCUCGGCCCUUGUCACUCACCGGCGCAUCCACACCGGGGAGAAACCGUACAUGUGCAACGAGUGUGGAAAAAGCUUCAACGUGGUAUCCAACCUUCUGCGCCAUCAGAGGAGUCACACGGGGGAGAAGCCUUACCAGUGUCCGGACUGUGGGCGAUGCUGUAGCCAAAGGUCCCACCUGAUUACCCACCGGCGCCUCCACACAGGGGAGCGGCCUUACCAGUGCCUGGAGUGUGGGAAGAGCUUCAACGUCAGCUCUGACCUGAUCAAACACCGAAGAAUCCACACUGGCGAGAAGCCCUAUGAGUGCCGGUAUUGCGGGAAGCGCUUCAGCGGCAGCUCCAACCUCAUCACCCACCAGAGGCUCCAUACGGGCGAGAAGCCUUACAUCUGCCCCGAGUGUGGCAAAAGCUUCACUAUCAGUUCCAAGCUCAUUGCUCAUCAGAGAAUCCACAUGGUAGAGAAACCCUAUGAUUGUACAGACUGUGGAAAGAGCUUCACAGAAAGGCCCCACCUGACCAGGCACCAGCAAAGCCCCUAUUGCCGGGAGAAACGCUUCAAGUGUGCAGACUGUGGGAAGUGUUUCACCACCAGUUCCUACCUUAUCACACACCAGCGCACGCACACAGGAGAAACCCCUUACAUCUGUGGGGACUGUGGGAAAAGCUUCACAGUCAUCUCCAAUCUUGCCAGACACCAGAGAAUCCACACAGGUGAGAAGCCCUAUCAGUGCCCAGACUGUGGAAGGAGCUACAGCCAACGUGCCCACCUGACAACACACCUGAGAGUCCAUACAGGGGAGAAGCCUUAUAUUUGCUCUGACUGUGGAAAGAGCUUCAAUGUCAACUCAUCUCUCACGAAGCACCGGAGAAUCCACACAGGGGAGAAGCCCUACAUGUGUCCUGAUUGUGGGAAAACUUUCAGCCAGAGCUCCAAUGUCAUCACUCACCGGAAGCUGCACCAUGGGGACAGCCUCCUUGAAGGCCCCAUUAGGGCUUCUUUCAGGAGAAUAGCUAAUGCCAUCCACUGGCCUAGAGAAGUGAGGAUGACCCGAAGCCUGCCAGGCCUCAACGGCAAAGCCACCCAGGCCUAUCAGAGCUCAGGCCCCCCUGGGCUCCGAGUGAAGAAGCAAGAGCUGGUGGAGGAGGAGGACACUGUGAGUCUGGAAAUAUGGCGGCUGCGGUUCCGGCAGUUCUGCUACCUCGAGGCUGAGGGUCCCCAUGAGGUUUGCAGCCAGCUCCAGGAGCUUUGUUAUCAAUGGCUGCAGCCAGAGAAACACACCAAGGAGCGAAUCCUGGAGCUGCUGAUCCUGGAGCAGUUCCUGGCUGUAUUGCCCCAGGAAAUGCAGAUCUGGGUCAGGAAGCAUGGACCAGAGACCUGCACUCAGGCUGUGGCCUUGGCAGAGGUGUUCUUAUGGAGGCUGCAAGAGAGGGAGAGGUGGGACCAGCAGGUGCCAAGGCCAGUUGAAAAAGUGGCUACUAAUUACUCUAAGGCAGACCCUUUGAAGAUGCAGCUGUACAUGGUGGCCAUGCAGGAGGGCGAAAGGAUAGCAAGCUUGCUGGCAGGAAAUGACCAAGUGAGUGCGAACAAGGAGGACAGUCUUGUACAGCAAAGAGAGCUUAAGCGGAUGUCACUGGAGAGGGCUAAAGGAGGCAUCUUCCUAUUUCCGGAGAUGGGAGAGAUGCCUGGAAAUCAGCUGCCUGCUGGAAAAAUGUGUUUCCAACUUCCUGAGAGGGAAGAAACACUGGGAACUCAGCAGCCACCUGGGAGGCACCAGGACAGCUUCCUACAGGCGACUGUGAAAAAAGGCUGUCUUUGCAAAGGGGAGAACAGUUUAAAUGGAAGCACUUUGUGUGAGGUGCUUGAGGUGGGAAAGAGGAAAAAGGCGACUGUGGACAGUAAGACAAGCUCCAGCCAGGGGACUGAUCCUCUUAAAAACUUGAAUGCUCGGGGGGGAAAGCAGCCAUACAGGUGCUCCUAUUGUGGGAAAAUCUUCAACCAUGCCUCGGCGCAUCUGCUCCAUGAGAGGAUCCACACGGGAGAGAAACCAUACUAUUGUUCGGAGUGUGGGCAGAGAUUCAGUCGGAGAUCGCACCUUACCAGGCACCACAGAAUCCACACAGGGGAGAAGCCACACACAUGCUCAGAGUGUGGGAAGAACUUCAGUCGCAGAUCACACCUUAUAGAACAUGAGAGAACCCACACAGGAGAGAAGCCAUUUGCAUGCUCCAUCUGUGGGAAGAGUUUUAAUUAUCGGUCACUCCUUAAGGAACAUGCAAGAAUACACACAGGAGAGAAGCCAUAUAAAUGCUCCGACUGUGGUAAAAGCUUCAAUCGGAGAGAGAGCUUUAUAAUACACAAGAGAACACACACAGGGGAGAAACCCUAUGAGUGUCUGGACUGCGGGAAAAGGUUCAGUCAGCGAUCCAACAUCACUGCCCAUGAGAAAACUCACAUGGGGGAGGGAAAAUAUAAAUGCUCGGUGUGUGCGAAAAGCUUUUGCAACUCCACCAGUCUCUUUAAACAUCAGAAAAUCCACAUGGAAGAAAAACCCUAUAAGUGUCCUGAUUGUGGAAAAAUUUUCAAACGGUGCUCACCCCUUAUCAGACACCGAAGAACCCAUACUGGGGAGAAACCAUAUGUCUGCCGUGAGUGCUUGAAACGCUUCAGCGACAGCUCUGCCCUUGUGAAGCACCAAAGAAUACAUGCAGGAGAGAAACCUUACACAUGUCCUGAGUGUGGGAAGAGCUUUUCUCAAAGCUCAACCCUAAUCGCGCAUCAGAGAAUACACACUGGAGAGAAACCAUAUAAGUGCCCUGAUUGUGGAAAGAGUUUCAGUGUAAGCUCUAAUCUUGUUGCUCAUCAAAGAAUCCACACAGGAGAGAAACCUUUUGGGUGCCCUGUCUGUUUAAAAGGCUUUCUGGUGAGUUCCCAUCUCAUCAGACACCUGAGAAUACACACAGCAGAGAAACCAUACAUUUGCAGAGAAUGUGGGGAAUGCUUCACUCAGAGUUCCCACCUUGUUGUACAUAAGAGAAUCCACACUGGAGAAAAACCUUAUCUGUGUUCUGAAUGUGGCAAGAACUACCGUGGGAUUUCAGAUUUGAUCCAGCAUCAGAGAAUUCACACAGGAGAGAAGCCCUACAAAUGCUCAGAAUGUGGAAAAUGCUUCAGCCAAAGCUCAUGUCUUAAAAAGCAUCAGCGAAUUCACACAGGAGAGAAACCUUACAUGUGCCUGAAAUGUGGGAAAAGGUUUAACCGGAACUCACACCUGACUAGGCACCAGAAAACCCACACUGGAUAAUUCCCAAAGAAUGAUAUCUGAAAGUUCAUCUCCAUAAUUGCAGCCACUGUAUAAUGAGUAAAGUCAGGUAUCUUAAACAGUUAGCCUUUCCCAGUUUCCAAAGGAUCUUUUAUCCCACCAGCCCAAACUGUUACUGCAGGAAUUUAAAGGACAUAAGAUUUUGAAUGAGUUUGGAUAUACUGCCAUUCCUACACUUUUAAAAUGUCCCUUCUCCCUUUCUGGCUCUGGCAAAUAUUUUUUCCAGACUGUAUCCAUUUUUAACUGGAUCCUAGAAUCAUCUCUGAAUUUUCUGUACCUUUUUAAAAAUGCCAUCCUAUUGCAGGCAUCUUCAGCUUAGUUCCUGAGGUGUCAUGUCAGUUGUAAAUUUUGAGACUCAUGAUCCUUCCUCUUCAAGGAAACCCUCUGGCUCAUGACUGGUUGUUCCCAAAACCUUGGAAACUGUAAUGAUUGGUGGCAGAGAAAGAAAGCAAAGAAGACCAUGAGUCCUUGCCCGAUUAAUAAUCAUACCAAACUUUGUGGAGAUGCUGAUGUUCAUCCUUUGCUCAGCUCUGUGGCAUAUCACCCAUUGAACCUGCUCAGUGUCUCCAUACUGGCACACCGUUCAGCUGUUGGGAAACUACUUCUGAAAAAAAAUCCCCUUUCCUCUGCUCAUAACAGGUUUUAUCAUAAAUAAAGAAAAUAGGAUUUAGUGUGA